UUAAAAAUAGCUUCUCCUGCAGUGAUCCACACAAUUUAUAUUCAAAUUCAUAUCAUAUUUACAGUUUGGAUAAAACAGUAUCCUUAGUUUUGCUAAUUGACCUUCAAUCUACAUCACAAGCACAUCACACUUCACAUGUGGGACAAAAACUACAAUGAAUCACUGCAACUGUGCCAAUUCACAUGCCAAUAUGUGCUGCAAGCUGACCCCCCCAGAUGAUAAAGCUUUCUUUGGUCAGAGUCAAAACGUCACAGGGAAUAUAGCACAUUUGGCAAAAAGUGUUGCCAGGAGAGUUACCUGGAUUUGGGUUUUAUAGAAAGUGCAGAUAAAAGUUAGCCAAAAUGUGACAAAUGGGAAAAAAUUGCCAGAGAGCAUGAAGCCUUGCAAACUGCCAAGAAGCCAGGAAAAUUGACACCCCGUGAGACUAUGAGAUAAUUUCAAACAAAAGAAAGAUAUACUGUAUCAAUCGCUAUUAGACCAGUGGGCAUGAGAGACGCUUUUGCAAGAGUUGGGAGCGAUGCACUGAAUCCCACUGAGGCUUCUUUCGAGUGCUCACACUGAAUCACACAACAAACCACAUGACAUUAGCAAAUACCUCAUUAAAACCCGCUUGUAUUAAAAUGGGUGAGAAAACGUGGGGGCUGCAGGUAGCUGCUAAACCAAAGACAGUACCGUUUUCAGCACAGUCAACGACAGAAUCGAUAGGACGGCACAUAAGAGGGGAUUUUUUUCAUAAACAAACUGAUAAACGGGCCACUUUGCAGGCCAGUUGGAUGAGACACCCGUUGCGAAUGAAGUGGCAUUCAUUGUGUACGUGCAAUACAUUGUCUUGUUUUAACUCGGUUUUAUCAAGGAGAGCAAAGGACAUUUUCAAAGAAUUUGACUCCCACCUUACAGCACAAACGUGCUGUAAAAUGCAAGAAUAUCGUCACCAUGCAUUGAUGUGGCAGCUUCCACGAUGGGGGCGUGGGGAAGAAGAACAGGGAAUUCAAUUGUCCAUUGGGAAAAAAAGGCUCCUCGUUGUCAAAUAGUUCAUGGCAUGAUGCACUAGACAGCAAAAAUUGUCUGACGGACUGAAAAAUCCCCCCCUGAUAGCGUAUCAAGGGUUUUUUCACAUUAACUGCAACCGUAUACUGCCCCGGGUAGCAGUGGCAAGCACAUCACUCGGUCUCUACCGGUUGGCCACGUUCGUUGGACAAUAUUACCCCCGCUAUAACCCUUCUCCGAUUUGUUGUACCAGGAUAAACCUCUAACCUCCCAAUUUUCAUUUAUAACUGCUCGCUAUUCUUCUUAGCCGUGAGAGUCGGUAAAAAGGCAACCUCUGACUGCCUCAGCAACUGCGUGAUAGGAAGCUAGCGAUUCCAAGUGCAGCCAAUUCAGCGAUUUCCUCGCGGAAUUUGAUGAAUGCGGCUGGUGUAAAUGAGAUGAUCUCGGCCCUCGGUGAUUCAUCUGUGCUCCCAACACCCGCUUUGCUACACGGACAUGUUCGAUAAACGCCUUCAAUGCUCUGAGACUAACUGUUGUGCAAGGGAGCAAUAGAUGCAUUCGUUCGCAAACUGGAGAAAAAGGAGCUUCAAAACACAAGCCAAUGUGCCUAAAUCAGUGAUUAAGGUGGUACCCGCUAACACAGAAACAGGUUCGCCACAGUACUGUAUAUAGAGGUUACCACACGUGAACGAAAGCAUGGAAUAAACCUAUUACUUGACACUUUCAAAUAUUAUUGGAAACUCAGCAAAAACAAUACUGUGGACAGCCAUCUUACUUGGGACACUGAAGCAACAUUAUCUACUUUUAAACUCCAUCUUACUGUUACACACAAGCUCUUCUUGCUUCCAAUUUACUUUAAAGUUCUUUCUGUUCCUACAAUAUGCCACACUUAGACAUCUGGCCUUUCGAUAUAACAUCUCUGUUAUUUGUUCUGCUUUGCUUUACUUUCAUUUUCUACAUUUCUAAACCCCUAAAAAUGUAUAAUUUCCCACCUGGUCCCCGAGCUCUUCCAAUCAUAGGAAACAUUCAUAUUCUGGAUCUCAAAAAACCAUACAUGACCUUGAUGGAGUUAGCAGAGACAUAUGGAUCUGUGUUUAGCAUUCAAAUGGGCCUGAGGAAAAUGGUGGUUCUGUAUGGAUAUGAGACCAUAAAGGAUGCCCUUCUAUCUCAUGCUGAUGAAUUUGCUGAACGCCCGAAAAUACCGAUAUUUGAGAAAAUUACCAGAGGAAAUGGCAUUAUCUUUGGUCAUGGGGAGUCUUGGAAAGCUGUCCGCAGAUUUACUUUAUCAACCUUGCGUGAUCUCGGAAUGGGCAAAAGGACCAUCGAAGAUAAAAUCAUUGAGGAAUGUGAUUAUCUAGUGAAAACAUUUGGAGACCAAAAUGGACAGCCAUUUCAAACAUUACUUUUCCUGAAUGCAGCGACAUCUAACAUUAUUGUUUCCAUAAUCAUGGGACACAGACUUGAAUAUGGAGAUGAGAAUUUUAAGAAACUUCUUGAAAUGAAUAAUAGAAAUUUUGUGCUGACAGGAAGCCCACAGGUUCAGUUGUACAAUAUAUACCCAAUUAUCCAUUCCUUACCCGGCUUUCAUCAUGAUGUUUUGAGACACCAAGAUAAUCUGAAAGCAUUCUUCAAAAAGAUCUUCAUAGAAGAAAGGAAAGUAUUAGAUGAAAACAGCUCAAGAAAUUUUAUUAAUUCAUUUAUGAAAAAACAAGAAACGGAAAAGAAAAAUCCUCAUUCACACUUUCAUGAGUGGAAUCUGUUAUGUACCGUUACCAAUUUGUUUGUUGCUGGGACAGAAACAACUUCCAACACUCUGCGCUGGGCUAUUUUACUUAUGGUGAAGUACCCUGAAAUUCAAAAGGAAGUUCACAAGGAGAUAGACAGAGUUAUUGGGACUUCCACUCCCAGGUUUCACCACCGCCAGCUGAUGCCAUUUUCCGAUGCUGUGAUGCAUGAAACCCAGAGAUUUGCAGAUAUUUUACCAAUGGACAUUCCCCGUGAAACUACCGUGGAUGUAACUUUCAGAGGAUAUUUCAUUCCAAAGGGAACCUACAUUAUUCCAUUACUGAGGUCUGUACACCGUGAUAAAAAAUACUGGGAAAAGCCAGAUGAAUUUUAUCCUUCACAUUUUCUCGAUUCAGAAGGGAACUUUGUAAAGAGAGAGGCCUUUAUGCCCUUUUCAGCAGGACGUCGAGUCUGUGCUGGGGAAACGCUUGCCAAGAUGGAACUUUUCUUAUUCUUCACUUCCCUGUUUCAGUCUUUCUCUUUCCAUGCUCCUCCUGGUGUCACAGAAAAAGAUAUCGAUCUCUCUCCUGUCGGGGGGCUAACUUUGUCACCUAAGCCCCAACUUGUGUGUGCUGUAAAGCGCAAGGAUUUUGCCUAGAAAGAUCAAUGCAACAUUCUAGAUGGAAGCUAAAUGUGCUGUAUUAAUUGCAUUAAGUGAAUUAGGAGGUGUGCUGUUCUUCAUUAGAAUGAUUGAGAUCUAGCCAACAUGAGGUGAAAAAUCCAUGUGUAGUAAUGUAUGUGAGUGAAAGAUGCUUAAGACAUUGCUUUCAAGAAACUGUGUUCUUACAUUUAUAAAAGGCUGUAGCUAGGAACUAUAUAAUCUUUAUAAAAAUGUCCAAGAACAGGUCAACUCAAUAUUUCCACCUGUACUUUAAACUCAUACUAUAGACUACUGUGUAUUAAAUUGAUAAAAAUGAUCAGAUUACCUAGAAUACCGUAAAUAUCUUCAGUUUCAAUUAAUUUAAAAAUGAAAGUGUAUUAUCCUGUUUUGCUUGCAGUGUAUUGAUUAUGAUGCAUUACAUUCUAUACCAUAUUACGCCUAAAGUUUAUAGAAUGAUCUAUUACAAUUAUUACAUGAUUUAAAAUUUUAACUGGUAGUCCAUCAUAGAAAUGCUUCUGCAGUAGUGUAUGUCACAAGAUACUAACAAUUUAUCUUUUUAAUUUUGUGGAUUUGUACUGAAAAUGGUUUAAUAACCAUGCUAAAAUGUCACAAAGACUCACUUGUGGUUUAGAAAUGCACAGUAGUUAUGUAGCAUGUAGUUUGUAUGAGACAAUCCACUUCAGCAACAAACAAAGGAAGGUACUGGAAAGUAAACUCAUGAUAUCUAUUGCUAAUUUGGCUACAUACAUUAAUUAUUUAAUUAAUAAUUAAUUAAUUAUUUAAUGUUACUUUUGUCAGAUCAAUUAAACACUUAAGGGUCUUAUUAGUGCUGCAAUGGAUACAACUGAAACACUGCAUGUUCUGUAGUACUGCUUUAUGCUUGAGACGUAAGGACCAUCUUUAACAAACUAUCAGACAAAGUUGAGCAUUCAUAAAGAAUUAAUCUGUAAUAGCACAGAGAAAGCACAAGUAAAAGUGUCUCAUCCAGCCAUAUAAAUAUAAUACAAACCUUUUAUCUGCAAUUGCUAGAAACCCUGAAAACUUGCCUAAUUUCAAGUCCAAGUAUUCAAAGUACAGGGUGCUUAAGAAGCUAUUGUAUCAAAACAGGUGUAUUUUGAAAACCGAUCGCCACAAAGCAAAGUAAUUUUCAUGCACAUACUAACAGAAAUAACAGAAACCCAUAUUUACAGACAUUGACAGGAUACCCCAAAGGGCAUUUAUAUCACAGGUUUCAACAACUGAAGAGGCAGUGUAUUCCUGAAGUAUACAGAUCAGUGGACAGUACAGAUGUUCAGCUCCCUAUUGUCCUAUGAAUAACCUGUUGCAAGCAAGUCUAGAGAAACUUUAAUUCCUCUGUGAUUAAUAACACAGGUAUUAGAAUACGAAACACUAUCAUCUUAAAUAUGAGCUUAUUAAUUCCAUUCAAAUUUCCCGGCAAUUUUUGGCAGAACGUUCCUUCCCUGUUCUGAAUUUCUUAUUAUUUAAUCUCACUGUAUAUUGCAGUCCUCAAAACUAAUUGAACAAAUGAAAUUUUAGGGAUAACUUGUCAAAUUAACAUUUUAAUGUUCAUUUUUAUUUGCACAUUAAAAGUCCAUUUCUGUAAGGAA